AUGAUCGAGGAGUUCGGUCUGCCCAAGGACAUCGUGGACCGCCAGGUGCAGAUUGGCCAGACCCUGAAGGACGACGAGUUCAUCGGCAUGGUGCGCCGCGAGGUGCUUGACGACUUCCUCCGCCAGAGGGCCAAGACGAACGGCGCCACGCUGAUCAACGGCCUCUUCAUGGGCAUGACGCUUCCUCAGAGCAAGGAAGAGCCUUACGUGCUGACCUACAACGACUUUGGUGAAGCUGAGGGCAGUGCACGCAGCCAAGCUGCAGAAGAAGAAGUCGUUUGCAGGGAGAGGGCUGUCUGUGGCGAUGAGAGGGGCAGCGACGGUUGGCGUAAG